AAGACUAAAAAUGAUUAUAUAAAAAGAUUAUUAUGAUGAUUUUAUUUCUAGGUGCUUUAAUAAAAGGAAUUUGAAAAACUAUAAAAUAUCAAUAACACUAAGUAUUUUCAAAAAAUGGAGAAGAAGAAUGGGCCCGGGGAAGAAGAUGCUUGAUUGUCUGCCUUUUACAGAUAGAUCUGGUGAAACAAUGAAAUGACAAUAGCCCGCUUGCAACCACACAUUGAAUGGAAAACAAUCAAACAGCUUACAAAUUAUUACUUACAAAGUGGAUAUUUUACACUAUUAUAAUAUUACAAUAUUAUUAAGUACAAAAACCAUGAAAAACACUAAUGCUACCCUGACUAAAGCAUUUUACCAACAGACUUCUACAUCAAAUGGUUUCUCUGCUAUUGAUUGGGUGUUAAGGUUCCUCUACUAAGGCAAAGGGGAUAUUGUUAAAUAAGUUCUUUUAUCAAUUAAUAGUGAAUGGAACAAUCAAACAUCCAUGGUUAUAAGCCUAAAAGGUGUGUGUUAUCCAUACAAAUAUUUUAUGCCUAACAUUAUAAAAUGUCAACUGGUGUUGAGAAACAAAUACUUUUGCUACUUUUUUAUGACCUUAUUGUGUCAUUUAAAUAUACAUAAUAAGUACCUUGAUAUAAAAAUUAUACACAACACAACAACAAAUUCAUUUAUCUCAAUUGGUAGUGCACACCAGGUUGGAAAGUUUGGAUCCUUGGGGUGCACUUCAAAACUGUGGUGUGCAAAUGUAAGAAGAUUUGUGCGCAGAGCACAUGAAAUAUCAGCAUUUUAGUGACAUAUGGCGCACAUUCUUGCUACAGUGAGUCAGAACAAGAGGUGCACAUUAUCAUUCUUAAAAUGAACAAAUGUUUCUUAUUCUGGAUGUCAAUGCUUUUAGAAAUUGGAAAGAAUUCUAUCACUGCUUGUACUAUUGUUACCAUAGAAGAGCUGAAUGCCCGUCCAAGCGAUUUGGAGUCUGCGCAGUAUCAAUCUCAAGGUCAUCGCCCUUCAUCCUAUCUUUGUGAAUUUGAGCCCGUACAAUGAUUGAAUCACAAUUUUUGAACUAAAUGAGAGCUCACGGAACAUGAUAAGAUGAUAUGACAUUGUCAAAAAAAAUCGUAAUUGGACCCCCCCCCCCUCACUAUUUCCAUUGUAAUUUUGGCGCAUAUUAAUUUCAAUUUUAGUGCGCCAAAAUUUUAUCUGUCUCCUGACAUUUAGUGCGCAGUUAAUGAACUUUCCAACCUGAAGUGCACACAAAAAUUCCCCACUGAACUUGCGAAACUGCUGUUGACACGUAUCAUAAAUCAAACAUGUUCAGUACAAGGACUGGGCUCUGGGAAUUUUCGCUUGGUCAAUAACGGCAGUCAGACUCGACUUCGUUGGCUUCGACUUAACAUUUUCACUACCAUGUCUUGGGACAGCAAGAUUCUCAGAAGAUUUUGCAGUUUCUUUACUUGAUACGGACUUCUUUUGUAAAGCCAUUCUUUUUACCACAUCAGAUAUUGUGUUUGGAUUGACAUUCAAGCGUAAAAGAUCAACAAUGAUCUUAAAAACAUCCUGACUCAUUUUAACGCCACUUAGCUGGCAUAUUUCGAAGAGCUCGUCGUCAACAGAUUUGUUUCUCGAGUACCCUGACGUUUUUGUUGCUUCAACUGUGACUUUGAAUAAGUCAGGCUGUGACCUAGACUUCCUUUUCACGUCUGCGGCAGACUCUUUCGUUAAGAGCCUAGCUGCCGCCAUAUUUGUGUACUUGAUACCACUGCUUGAUACCUGUUCCAUACCUGUGAAAGUUGCGCGGCAAGUAGCCUCGGAAUAAACUGGAGGUUGAAAAAAGAUGUUCUACGAUACCAACGAAAAUUGAGCGUUAUAUUGCCUAGUUAACUAACGAGUUUAUUGGAAAUGAUUCAAAAAUGUCAGUAAGCCAGGUUGAAUUUGUUUUCUGCUAAAAAUCACACGCCAGUCUCUUUGCUGGCUGGAGAAAUGGAGAAAGCACUCGUUCGUAAAAGAAAAGUCGAAAGUGAUGCUGAUGAUGGUAGUAUUAGUAAUACAGCAAAAAGCGAUACAAGUCUCGUUCAACUGACACCAACGUUUAAGGAUAAAAAAACAGGACUAGUUAAAAAGCAGUAUAUCUUAGAAGAGGAUGAAUAUAUCGAGGCUGUGGACAAAAUCAUAGAGAGGGAUUUUUUUCCAGAUCUUCCAAGAUUGCAGUUGCAGACAGAGUAUGUAGAUGCAUUGAAUUCCAAUGACAUAGAAAAACUUAGAGCUAUUGAAUUGAAACUUGACAGAGGAUUGUCUGUGAGAAGAUUUAAUGACAACACACCAAGCGUAUUUGAGACUCCAUCAAUAGACCAGGCUAAAACACCAUCUGGAAAUACUGAAACACUAAAAACCCAACCAAGCAAUAUUGUUAAUGUUACAGAUAAAACACCAAAUGUUUCCUUGGAUAAAUUUCUUGCCAAGCAUACAAGUGAAGACAAUGCUUCCUUUGAAAGAAUUAUGGAAGAAUCAAAACUUAGGAUAAGAGAUAAAUUUGCUUGGUUAUUCAAGGCUGAGGGAAGUCAGGCCGAUAAGCAGCAUGCAAAUCUAGCACUUCCUAGUUGUGAGGAACAAGCACAGAAAUACCUUGAUGACAAGCCAUAUAACCUUGAUUCAUGGACUUAUCAAUCAAGAAACGCCCUCAUGUAUGUACCAAAAGGUGUUGAUUUGAGUUCUGCAGAAAAAAUUUUGCAGAAGGGGAAGAAAGAAAGAGAGAUAAAGCAUGAAAAUACAAGAUUCAAUGCAGAUCCUUUUCACUCCUUGGCUUGCAAAGCAGCUCUUACAGAAGCAGCAAGUGUCAAUGCGAACAUCAAGAAACAAGUAGGGAAAGUUGGAGUAGAUGGUUCCUUAGAAGCUGCCUCAGUAACUCCAACAGUUAAAGGUUAUGGUUUUGUCGCUACACCGUCACCAGCACCAGGUGCAGAUUCUUCCCCUUUUAUGACAUGGGGAGAAAUUGAGGGAACACCAAUGCGCCUGGAUGCAACUCCUGGUUCAACAUCUGGGCCAACAUUCAAGAUACCAGAGCCCCCUAGGAGAGAGCAGCUAGGGCACCAGUUGGUUGAAAAGAUGAGCAAAGAACACCGCAAUAAAAGAAGAGAGGCUAUUGCUAGAGCAGCUGCCUCAAUAGGGAAAUCACCUGGAAGAUCAUCUACAGACCGCAUAACUCAGCUAUCUCCUGCAGCACAAAGACUAGUUCAAGCCAAUGCAAGAUUGACAGGUGAUUCAGCUUUGAGAAGCAGUUACUCUCCAUCUCCAAGGAGACGUGCCACAACACCCACAACACCAAAUAUACAGAAGACUACCCCAAAUGUUAGAUCUUCUAGGUCAAGACUUUCAGCAGCUAACAAGACAGACGUUUCUUUAACUGAUAACUUACUACAACUUCCAAAAACCUAAUUUUUGCAAGAUAGUUUCAUUUGAAAAAGCUUAGUAGCAUAGUUGCAAUGAGACCGUCACACCUUUGUAUUCAAGAAGACAUUGCAAUUUGGCCCUCACUUUCCAAGGAAGCUUCUAAAGCUUUUACUGAUAUUGCAAACAAAAGGGACAAAAAUAGAAAUAUUACAAAAACAACACUAUAUUGGUGAAAUAGGAAUGUUGGAGCACAUUUGAGGGGGGAGGGGGGGAUUCUAGACAAGUUGGCAAACUUUUAUUGAAGAUUGCAACUAUCUACCUUAAUUGUAAAACCUCAAAAAGCAUACUUCAGCACCACCCCUCUAGCCACCCGGCUCCAGCAUGCCUGAUACAGGAAAGAAUCAUGUUGAUGGUGUUUGUUCAUUCAGAAGCACUUUGGAUAAACCAAAGCAUGAUUUUGCUUAACUUUCAGUUGCAUUAUUCUCGAGUAUAUCAAAACAUUAACUUCAAAUAUACAUUCAAAAAGGGAUGGACUAACUAACAGUAAGAUGUAUUGCAGUGUAUAUUUAUUUGUAGAUAUCAAUUUAAACGCAUCUGGAAAUACAAAUUGUAUUUUAUCUGUUGGUAUAUAAAACAAGAUUUUGGCAUUUUGUCAUUUUUUGAUAAGCUGAGUAGCAAGUAAAGAAAUAGAUACAUGUUCACGUUUUUUACACUUUUGCCAAUUAUUUUAACAUUUAUUUUUACCAUUUCAUUUAAAAUACGUUUUUAGUAAAAAUUCAGAAGCACCUGUAAGCAUAAUUAUUAUUUUUUACUUAACUUUUUUGUAUUUAAAGCUUUGAAAUACUGUUAUAAACAGUCUUCAUGUGAAAACAAGAGUAUACAUCUAGAAAAACCGAGCAAAACAAUAAUAAAACAAAAUUCAUUUAAACCUUUUACUUUUAUCUUAAACUUUUCUAAUAGGUUAAGUUGGGUAAAAGCUUUAAAAUCUUAAUAAUUUUAGGUAAUCACUGAAUGGAAAAUAAACCAAAUUUAGGAUUUUUAUGGCUCUGAAAGCUAAUAUUAAUUAAAAUUUACAAAUGAUCUUUAAAAAUUUUUACUCUCAGCACUCAAAGGUAUAAGCAGUGCAAGAACCUCCUGCUUAAUUACAAAAUAAUGUUUAGGGUUAUCUGGUGAUGUCUUGUUUUCAAAGCUAUUGACAUAUAUAUUCAUUUAGAAAUUUAUUUAGAAAUCAUAUAUAUCGACUCAUAUAUUUAGAAAUUUAAAGCUUUGACCUCAAAGCAAUGUAGCAAAUUUAUGAUCAGAUUUCUAACAAAACUUUUAAUUUUAAUAUUGUUAAAAUUUCUUUGACCCCUCAUCACAAAGCUUUAAACAUAAAGGACAUUUUCAUACAUUUCUAGUCAUUAUUUUAUUCUUUGUUAAUAAAUAGCAUAAAUUGUGUAUCAAUUUUAUUUUAAAUUCAAAAUAUAACCACUUUCGGAUGGUCAACUACAUGUUAUAAUAUUAUGUCCAGCCCAUUUAAAUUCAUGUUUCAUCUCUGAUAUGCAGGGUGAAUCGUAUUACUCAGCAACUUCAACUUGACUUUUUUAAUUCUAAAAUGAUCAAUUUAAGUAAUUUAGUAACUAGUAAUCACAAUUAAAACUACCUUUUCUUUGAAAAGGCAGGUAAUGUCAACACAUAUUUGUGAUAUGAAUUUGCCUUCUGGUAAAAACACAAUCGACAGAUUGCUUUGGCUUUGCAAUCCAGCCAAUUAGGCAUACAUCAAACAGAUUUUAAUUCUGUAGACAAGUAUAAAUCGAUAAUAAAUUUUGAAAAAACAAACAUUUCACAACAUACUACUAAAAGUUUUUUCGUCUGACACUCCUCAGAGUAUAAAACGUCAGAAUAACGGUCCGAAAGAACACGAUGGAAAAUAUAUACCCAGUUGUCGAUCGAAAUAGGCCAAUCAGGAGAAAAUGAACUCCUUCUGUCUAUUUCGUUUAUGGCGGCUUUUAUGUUUGUUUGUAGAUCAGUUCUAAAACUGCUAGAUGAAAAGACGACCGGCAUUUCCACAUUAAAAGUUGCACGGUUAUCUGGGUUAUCUAAAAAAUGUUGACCGAUGGCAGUAUCACUUGUUUUAACAGUGUUUCUAGACCUACAAGAUCGAGGAGGCUGUUCACUUUGGGGGCAGUUUUGCUUAUUAUGUUGGAAUAAGUGUUGUUUGAUCCUAUCCUCAAUAUUUGAGUUGUGCGUCCUACGUAGCCAGAAUCACACUGGCACGUAAAUUCAUUAAUAACGGAACUUUUUUGGUUGGUAGGAACGCAAUCCUUUUGAAUGGAUGGAAGGGCUCUCCAGUACUGUUUACAAAACGAGGAUUGACAGCGAAGAAACAUUUUGUGAUGGCCUGUUUAAUCUGACUUUCAAAUCGCAAGGGAGUGUCACCAAUCCAAGGUAGUUUAAGAUAAACUGGGCUCUUGGACCGAACUUUUGGACAGCCGAAAAACUUGCGAUCUUUUUCCGUGUAAGAAGAAAUUACAUCUUCUAGAUAGCCGUUGUCCAGAAAGGUCGUUUAAAGUUUGUUCAGCUCUGCGUGGAGUUUAGUUUCAGAGCAGAUCAAAAGUAUCCACUAAAGUUUUGACGAGGUUGACUAAAUUGAUACUUACUGAGGAAAUAAUUAUAUCAAAUGAAUACGAAGUUUUUCAAUUGGCAAAUACAGUUAAACAUACUUUCUGGUACAUGAUUAAAACAUAAUGUGUUUAUUCUCACUAAGUUACGAUAUAUUUUGCAAGUGAAAAAAUAUUCUGCUGUCUUAACUUUCCCAGAUUUUCCUUUCCCAUACUAGUCUAUUCCUGAAUUAUUACUGAAGUAUCAUAUUUUUCAUAGUUGUUGGUUAUAUUUGAAAGAAAUUCUGUUGUUAAUCAAAAAAUCUGAAAAUAAAUUUUAUUGUGUGCUUGAAAUUUUAGCCAAGGAAAAGCGCCUUAUUUCAAAAUGAUUUUCCCUGAUUUCUAUUCACACCUUAGCCUUUUUCUGGUAGGCUAGAUCCCCUAAGAACAACGAAAAAGACGCAACAGUGUAUUGCAGGGUGGAGAACACAUAGUAAAUACGAGGAUGGCUCAGUUGAGGGUCCGUGGUUCGAGUCCCUGACAUGACCAAACUUUCACCCAGAGUGGGGAGAGUCGCCAGCUCUCUGUAAUUCCAGGCGUAGGAAUCACGAGGUGUGGUCACAUCGAGAGGAAGUACCAGGACACUGCUCGAUAAGCAUAGCUUCUCAGUGUCCUAAAGUCUCCCUCGGAUGCUACGUAGCAACAAAUACAAUACAAAAACAAACAAAAACAACUGUACUAUAGUAAUAACAAAGAGGAAAUGAUAUGGAAAGGAAUCAGGCAACAGUUUUAAGAAAAUCUAAAGCAAACUGAAAAGACUCUGAACAAUAGGAAUUUUAAUGCUGGAACAAAAGCCUGGAAUUAUGUUAACUGCCAGUCACAUUUACAUAUGUAAAAUAUUAUUUAUGGAAAUAAUAAGCUACAGAGAAUUAACACUCAAGAUGAACUAGCAGUCUAUUAACAUAUUAAUAUAAAGCCUGACUAUAACAUUUUCAUCUUAGCAUGUUCAAAAUUGCCCUGCAAAAACGUAUGAGUUGAUUCACAGAUAAACUUGGUGUCAAGCAAAACAUUAGAUGACAAAUCAAUCAAUGGAGCAAUGAUUCAUCAAUCAUGACAAUUUCUGCAUCACAUAGGUCUCAAAAAAAUUCCCCUUCAUUGUUGAUGAAUAUUUAAAAAUGAUUGUUAGUGAAUCAAUUUCUU